UCAGAAGGUGUGGGGCUUGGCACGCUUGGGGAAGAAAAUCGCGUUGUGCUGCAUCUCGGAAAAGAAAAUCGCCUUGUGCUGCAUCUCGGAACCCUCUGCAGGCAGACAUAUAUGCAUGCGAGCGCAUGUUUAGUUGGUGAGUUAGCAUCCAAAGGGCCUGUCCGUCUGUUUGUCUGUGUGUAUGUCUUUGUGUGCAUGUCGAUGGACUCACUUCGGUCGAAGCUCCAGGAGGGAUGUCCGGGGAAGAACUUGGUCGUGACCUCGGGCUUCCCGCCGAAGAGGGUCCCCGUCUCGGUCGACAUGAAGUCGCCACCUUCGUAUUGUACGUCGGCGUCGAAGCUUUCCAAUUCGACUUGCUUGCUGAAUCGCCUGUUGAACUCCUGUGUUACACAAGACAAAAGAAGAAGACGAGAUGUGCGAGUAUCCGGAUGUGGCUCUUCCCCCGCGUCAGGUGUCUGCUUUCUUACGACGCUGUUGGCCAUGCACCAAGAACCCGUUGGGAGCUUCUCCCACGCUAAGAGCGUUGGGACUAUGAAGCCUUGAUAAGUCUUGCAACCUGUCGUAGAAGUCUCGAAUGUGCCCAGUCCCCUGUCGCUUGCUCCGCUCGCCAUCAGGAUCUGGGAGACAGACAGGGCAGAUAAGUCCUACAAACGCCCCCAACUAUCGCGUGAUCCAUCCUUGCCUCGUUGACGAUGCACGUCUGUGUCUCGGGGUCUGGGCAUUCCUUCCCCGAAAGGAUCUGGUCUCCGUAGACGUGUGCCUGCAUACGGAUGACGCCGAACAGAAGUCACUGACGCCGAACAUGAAGUGAGUCGGGCGUUUUCUCACCGUUUUCUUCCUCACGAGGGGUCCACCCUCCUUGACCUGAUCGUACUUUCAGUAGGUGUAGUAGGCAAGGAGCUUGACUUCGCACUGCUGGCUCAUGGCCACAACGAAGCACAU